UUUUCUUUGCUUUUCUUUGUUACUUUUUCUUUUUUACUUUUUUUUUGUUGUUGUUCUCUUUUUCAGUUAACCAAAGUUUGGUCACUCAUUUUGUCUUUACUUUUCGAUUUUCUAAUAAAUUUUAAUUAUAAAAUUCAGCCUAGAUCUGUCAAUCACUCAUCCCCAGUCCUCCGUUCAUUUUAGCUGGGAAAUUUGCAUGCUUUCUUUCUUUCUUGUAUUAUUUUGUUUGUCCGUUCUGUCUUUCCGUUCUUUUAACACUGAUCGGUUAUCAUCUUUUCAGACUCAAGUAACAUUUUACUUUGUGGGCGAUUCAAGUGCAUAGUAGACUAAUGUUCAACUAUAAAUGUAUGUCACGGAUAAAUUCGCUAUCCAGUGGAUAAGUGUUAAGACUGUUAUCAAAACCGCCGCUUCGGUAGUGAUUUAUCCGGUAAAUUCCGUUAUCCACCUUUCGAACAACCCAGGCCUGGAUUAUAAACUUUAGCUUCACGACAGUUGACUGUAUUUAAGCGCAUCUUAAGUGUCGAAAUACAAUGAAGCUCACUCAAACUUGACGUUCCAGGUGUGUUGAUCAAGAACUCAUGGUCAGGCGUGACAUGACAUUUAGUUAAAGCUGACGUGUUCAAUCAGUACGGUUGCUUCUUCGAAAUGUAUAUUGCAUUGUAAUCACUAUACAGAGUCCAAAAAGGUGAUACCUAACGACAAAACAGGUGCAUAGCUUGUGGCCAAACAAAAAUUUAUCAAUACUAUAGAAAUAAAAUGUCCACGAGAAAAAACACUCUUCUUUUGUCCGAUCUGAUAGACUGGUACAUGCACCAAAUCGAGGUUGCGUGACCAUUGCAAGGACAAUGAAGUGAGAAUUCGAAAAUGGCGACAGCUAGAGGCACUAUUCUUGCAUUUGCCCUGGGAGUCUCCUUUGGAGUUUUGAUCGUCACUGUGCUAAACCACUUCAAUCAGGAGGAAACUAUUCACAAAUUUUUCGUUCCGGAAGAGAACCAUGACGCUGCCUUGGACGAUAUCACGCGUAAACUUAUUCACAGGGACAGUAAUAAGUUUAAAGUCGAGUCACCUGUAGAUUUUGAUGCCGAUAUGAAAGACCAUCACCACCAUCUUUCUUUGAACAAAGAGGCUGAAGAGGAACAGAAAAGAAUACGGAUUUUAUGCUGGGUAAUGACAAGUCCUAAAACGUUGCCCAUCAAAGGCAAACCGGUGAAGGAAACUUGGGGAAAACGGUGCACCCUUCUUUUGUUCAUGAGCUCUCAAGCGGACCCAAGCUUUCCUGCGAUUGGACUUGAUGUUAAAGAAGGUCGUGAAAACUUGUGGUCAAAAACCCGUGCAGCUUGGGAUUACAUUUACGAUCACCACCUUGACGACGCGGACUGGUUUAUUAAAGCAGACGAUGAUACCUUUGUGGUCAUUGAAAAUCUUCGCCAUCUGGUCUCAAAGCUAAACCCUGAAGAACCUCACUACCUGGGGAGGCAUUUCAAGCCUUUUGGGGGGUACAACAGCGGAGGGGCAGGCUAUGUGUUCAGUCGAGAAUCAGUUCGAAGAUUUAAGAAAGCACUGGGGGAUACUACUCUCUGCAAAACAGAAAGUUUUGCGGAGGAUGUAGAAGUUGGAAAAUGUCUGCAUGCAAUGGGCGUCAAACCUGAUUACACCAGGGAUUCCAGCGGAAGGGAAACAUUCAUGCCGCUUCCCCCGGAACAUCAUCUUAUUCCCGGAUAUCUUCCCAAGGAUUUCUGGCUUUGGUCAUAUGACAAAAAUCCUUAUAAAGAUGGACCCGAGUGCUGUUCUGAUCAUGCCGUGACAUUCCAUUAUAUCAACCCAAAUAACAUGUAUGUGUUAGAGUAUUUGGUGUAUCAUCUUAGGCCUUAUGGAAUGGUUCACGAUGAUCACUCUUCUGUUGAAAAUUCUGGAGAAAACAAACAUAGUGAACAACAUGGGACAAGAUAGACUGACGAGAUAGCUGGCUUGCUAACCACAGAUACUUUUGGACUACAGAGGGCAACCUUUGUCCCAAUCAUCGAUCAACCUAUGUCUGUAUUAUUUUGAUUGAUACAUAAGAACUUCAGGUACUUGAUGAAAAUCAAUAACAUGACAUCUGGUUGCCUUCCAUGGCUCAAAAAUGUCUGUGGUUAUUCAAGCUCCCUUAUUAAUGAAGUUGCCAUCACUGGUUUUUGCUGGGUGGGACGGGGGAGAGGGUGGUAAGUUAGCAAUGAAAGACCUACUAACUGUAGUUAGUUUGUAAGACAUACCUCAAAGUACAAUGACCGAGGGGAAAAUAACUGUACAAAUCUCCAAGGAAACAGUAACAUAUGCUUUAGAUUUUCAAGUGACUAGGUCCUUUGAAAGAGUACUACAAGUAAUUCUAUUUGCAUGUCGACUGGAAUACUGUUACAGCAAUGUUUCCAUUUGUAUUUUCCAUUUGUGAUGAUAGUAAUGAGUCUUCCCAAAGCAAGUUUCUAUUCCAAAACUGUCUGACACAACAUGCAAAUUCAACACACUUCAAAAACAAAAAAACAUAAAGCGACCUGCGAGAAACUGCAAUGUUAUGCCAUUUUUCACUAGGACGUGUUGGGAUUCAUUUUUUCCUUCCAUUCAAGUUUUUUGCUUGUAAUGACAGUAAUGAGUCUAGUAAAGCUAGUCCUCUUGAAGCUACACCACAGAGAACUUCACAAAGUGUGACAAAUACAUCUUGUGAACUUAAUAGUUUUCUUGUAAGCUAACUGCUUAUGAUUUGCUCCAAAAUAUAUGCUUCACUGUUUCUCACGAGACGAGACUCUGUCUCAGUGGAAACAAGAUGAAAGGUGGUAACUUACAUAUACUGUUGUCGAGUGGUACUGUAGUUAUUGUUUCAGUUACACAGUAUAUCAAAACACUAGAAAUUUAGUUUCCCCUUAAGAUACGAUGUGUAUUAUGGCUUGUGUGGAAAAAAUGCUCUGUUUUAGUUUGAGGCUUCUUUUAGAAUCUGAUUUUACUUUUUAGAGAGUGACAGAAAGGGAAUUAUGAGCUUUCUUCACUUGCUGACUUACACCAGAUUGUUCUGUCAUAAUGACAUUAUUAUAUACAGUUGAACUAUUGACUUUUUUCUUGAAAAGAUAGUGGAUAUCAUUGUGUAUACAGGGUCACAUUGUCCUUUCUGAUAAAAUCACACCUCUUAACCUAUAAAUAAUUAAUAAAUAUAAUAUUAUAAUUAUUAUUAUAAUUAUUAUUAUAAUUACAACUUAAAAUAAUAAUAAUUUAAUAUUAUACUUACACUGAUUUGUAACAGUGUUUGUAAUAAUUAUGUAGGAAAACAGGAUAAUUUAUUGAUGCUGCUGUGGCAGUGGCACAGACUGAUAUAUUGAAAAUAUUAUAGAAGAAAACAAGCAAGAAGUUUUUGCAGUUUUACUGUUAGUAAUUUAUUUAUGUUGUUGAAAAACUUUGCAGCACGUUGGCAUGUUCACUACUGCAAUAGGUAUAUCUUGUUACCUUAAGGCUAUUUUUUUGACAACAGUAAGCUGAUAUUCAGUCAGUGGGAGGUGUUUCAAUAGAUGGCACACUCUGGUCCCUGAUACCAGAGUGCAUUUUGUCUCUAAGUAACUAAACAACUGAAUGUACAUGCCAUGAUGGCUUGACAACUUUUGGAGUACUUUUGAGCACUUCUGCUUUUCUUAUUCUGGUUAAAUAAAUUACUGUUAUUGCAAGUUAUGCAGUUACAAUUGAACACCAUUCAUAAGGACACACAAACUAUGCAUUGAAAGGAUGUCCAGAUUACGAGGGUUAAAGUGAGAGUUUAUAGCUUUUUUAACUAUUUAAAUAAUGCUUGUCACAAGAACUCAAGAGCUCAUUAUUUGGAGGUUUAACCUGAACUUAAAACAUGACUCUUGAUUAAAGGGAAAUAAAAAGGCAAGUAUGCUUGUAAACCUUU